AUGAACGAUUUAAAAUUGGAAAUUGAAUCGUUGAAAAAUCAUUGUGAUUCGUUACAAUUAGAAUACAAUGAAUUAUCCAAGAAAUAUAAUAUAAAUGAAGAUCCAAAACAAUUGGCAAAUUUACGUAUCAAAUUAUUAAAACAAUAUAACGAAUUAAGAGAUACAGGCUUGAAGUUAGUUCAAUUGAUUGCUCAAGAAAGAAAUCUUUCAAUAAAGGAAAUCUUUCAAGAAAUGGAUAUAUCAAUGCAUGAUUGA